AUGGAAGUCGACGCCAGAAAGCUCAAAAGGUCCGGCUCUAACAUUGUUGCGGUUAUUGAAGAUGCCAUGCAAUUAUGCGCUGAAGCCAACGCUCUCCAUGGGCGUCUACCGCAGUGGCGUAAGUGCCUUUACCUUUUGGAGCGCAAGCUAGCAAUGAUUCGUGGGGGAUUAGGAACGUUGGGUGAUGCCGUCGGCCCAAUUCCAGCAAAAGUGGAAAUUCCACACUGGUCAAACGCGAUAGAAGCAGCGAUAUCCCUUUUGCGACUUCACGGGAAGGCAGCUCACAUAGCUGGAUCAAACACUCUACAAAAUGAUCACUUAGCGGGUCCUAGAGCAGAGACCCAGUGCAGUGAGCUUUUGAGAGCUUGGGCAAUUUUGGAGCCGCAGUUGCCACAAAUUGUCCGGGAUGAGCUUAUUAUCAAAGGAUCAGCUCAGGCUGUUAAUGCCCAGCUGCAGCAACUUCAAAAGUCCAUUGAGGCUCCUCGAAAUGUGGGGGAGAAUGAGCAUUUUGCAGGCUACUUAGUAGCCAAGGCCGCGCUCACAUACAAAUUUUGGGCACUUGCUAGAAUAAUGACGAAGGUCUUGGGCAGGUGGCAGGCUGGAACUGCAAACGCCGCGGUGCUUCAACGGAUGCUGGACAUAGAGACAGAGUUGCGCUUGCAUGAAUUUCUAACAGAACUUUACAGCCAGGAAAGUACUAGUCUCUCUCGUCCAGCCAGCCUUUCUUUACUCACCGCUUCUAUCCAUGAACCAUGCCCAAUAAUAGAGCUCCGAGUGCAGGCUAUCAGACGCUUAGACGAGUGUCUUACAUCUGUAGCGCAUGGAAGCGAAACUGGGGACCUUGUGGAGACCUGCGUCGCAACGAUGUGGAAUAUCGCGAGACCGUGCCUUGGCCCCGAAUUUCGGCGGCUGGUCUACAGAAACAUGCAGAAGGCCUGUAAUGCACUGGAUCGCUACCAGUCAAGCCAAAUCUCACUUCGAGUGCAUCUCUCUCAUCAAUUAGCUCAGUGCGAGAUUGAAGAAGAGCUUUUCAAAGCAGCACAAACUACAAUUGACAAGGCUCUCGAAAUAGAAUAUAGUUACUGUUCUAUGCCUUCCUACAAAACUGAGCCAGCUUCAGCAGUUCAGCCUGCGACGAGUGCUAUGGAAAAUCCCGUCAUGACGUCUACUUGCACCCAGGAAACUGCUGCAAACCAAGCCGACCUUGCAUAUUCACAACCUCUGACUUGGUCCUUAAGGCGGUUGGGUGAAGUAGUUAGCUUACUAUCGCUGACUGCAGGAAACUGCAGCCCUGCUGAGCAGCUCCAGCACAUCGCCUUUCGUACCAGGCUCGCGCAGCCGAUAUCAACGCUUAUUGAUCUUGCUGAGGGUCUUCGCAAAAAAGCAUUGCGUCUUUUAGCUGAUGAUGAAGCGAAAAAUAGUAGCCGUCAGAGUCGCGUUGAUAGGCAUGGCACAAGCAGGCGAGGCAUCGGCUCUCCACAAGCAGUGGCAUCCACCGCUCGGAGGCAAGCACUUUCCUUGAGUGGUGAACGUACAGUAAAGUGUAUUAUAGCAUCAUUUGGCCAUUUAGUCACCCGCGCACGUGAUGCUGGCGACGUUAAUGCCACAGCACGAGCUGCAAUUGCUAUUCUUUCUAUGGUCCACGGGACUGAGAAAUGUUUGAGUUCACCCGUCCAGAAUCUUGAGUCCUUCGACGCGGUUUCCCCAGUUGAUCUGCGCGUACGACUAAGGCCUCCGCUUGAAACUGAGCUGGCCGUGAACGUUAUCGAGGCUGCAUAUGAGCUGGUUUGUUUUUUGACACGGAGAAAAUUAGAGCUGUAUUAG